AUGGCGGGGAGCAGAAGGAGCAACAAAACAUCAGCGACUUUAGAAAAGAGAAGUAGAGGAACAUGGCAGAGAGGUCUAACUGGAUGUGGAGGCGAGGAGCAAGGAGGAACGAACCUGGGGAUGGGAAGAACAAAAAGAAAUGACAAAAAGCCAAACAAUGUUGAGGAAAGAAAGGAUAAAAAACCAAACCAAGAACCUUUUGGAUUGAAGUUUGGACAAAGCCCUUUAAACAAGCAACCUUUAAUGAAGCAGGACAAGUGCAAUGACAAGUCUAAGGCCCAAGCAGAGAUGAAUCAAAGCCAUUCAGAGGGGUACCAACAUCGAUCAGAAGGAUUUCAACGACAAUCAGAAGAAAAUCGACACUAUUCAGAGAGAUUUCGAGGCCAAGAAAAGAGAUCUCGUGGUCGAGAAGAGAGACCUCAUGGCCAUACAGAAAGAUCUCGUAGCCAAUCAUGGAGAUAUCAUGAUCAAAGAGAGAGGCCUUGUGGCCAAGUAGAGAGAUCUUGUUACUAUACAGAAAGAGCUUAUGGCCAAUCAGAGAGAUCUCAUUACCACUCCGAGAGAUUCCAUGUUCAUGCAAAGAGAUCUCAUGACCAUUCAAUGAGAUCUAAAGUCCUAUCAAAGAUAUCUUAUGGCCGAAUAGGAAGAUUUCAUGGUCAAUCAGAGAGACUUCAUGACCAAUCUGGGAGAUAUCAAAAAUACUCACCAGCAGAAACUGAGCCUGAAUUUGACAGGAUUUUUACAAUGAAAAGAAGGAAUGAAUACUUACAAAAGCAGAUGCAGCAAAGAAGUGAUUCAAGGAACAUGAAUCGAAAUAUAUCACCGGAAAAUGAUCACCUGUCCUAUGAAAAGUUUAAAAGACAUGAAAGACUCAAGAGGCAUGAGAUUAAAAGUUUACCCCUAACAACUACAUAUGCUACAACCAAGUAUUCUCAGCACCAGCCCAAAGGAAUACACCUGGAUUACAACUUCCCAGCAAUUGGUAAUCAGACUAAGCUUUCACUCAAUGAGAGAUUUUCUAAGCUGAUGAAGAAAAACCCAGGAUCAGCCAGUUUUGAAGACUAAAAUGAUUUUUCCUAUUGAAAGUUUGCUGUUAACAGAUAUUGUUGUGAAUUUUAUGCAAGAGCACAUAUAUUUUCUUUCAAUAUUUAACUUUUUAUUGCUUUUGUUAAUGUAUCUUUCCUUAGGUGUAGGCUUUGAUGUGAGUGAUCUGUUAACACUGUUUACUAAAGAAAAAAUGUUUAACUUUGUUUACAUAAAAGAACAGAAAAGUGAACAAUAAUGACGGUGAUUUAGAAUGAGAGAUUCUAGGAAAACAGCUAUGUUUUCAGAAUUACAUAUCUUUUCGACAUUAGAGAAUUUCUUUCUUUGGUUUGAUUUGUUCUUUGAACUCUAGAACACAUAGAUGAAUCCUAAGUAGACUAUAUUGACAAUAGAAUAAGGUAAUUGAUAUCUUCUGUAACUAAAUAG